AAUCGUGUUCUGCGCUGGUCGACUGACCGGCCCCCCAUGUGGCGCCCAGCUCCAAGAGCGGCGAUCACUCCAGGCUGUCGCUUGGCUGGUGUCUUCUCUGUCCCUGACAUCAUCAUCAGCUCAGCUGAGUCUCCGAGUACCUAUCAUACGUUCACUGGACGGGAGCCGGACAGAAGGAGCCACCAGCUCUCGUCAUGGCGCAGAUCAGCAGCCACAAGGCUGCUCGCUGACGCAUGCGACAGCUUGCACUGCGAUCGCGCUCACUAUCAAGGACAUGUCAUGUCACUCCGGGGACAGACCCCAGCCUGCCCAUUCAUGCUCCAGUUCAUCUCGCUUCCUGGGCUUCUGCAUCAAGAAUCUGCUACAGUUGUAAGGUCGUACUCGUACAGGACAGGUAGGGACAGAUCGUGGUUGGUCGCAUGCACUCCCGCGCUCCCACGAAUGGAUCUAAACACCGUUUCACGUCCACGCCGCUCUCACGCGCGACGGGAUGCAGGUUCGUUGGUUUCGUCUUCUUCUUCUUCUUCGUGACCUCUUCUUCUUCGUCAUCUUCUUUGCAGCCUCUUCUUUUCGAGUUCCUCUCCUCCCCCCCCUCAACGCUAAACGCUCACCUCACCUCCUGCCGGCCAGUGGGUCCCGAUGUACGCACUCACCCCGGACAACAUCGCCUCGUUGCGGGGCGCAGAGAACGCACGGAUGAUGGUCAUCGGGAUGUUCUGUCUCUCCGUGUAUGAUUUGUUGAUCAGCUUGGACGACGAAAUCCGAUGCUUUUGGACCGGACGCUGGACACUCUCUCGCGCGCUCUUCUUCAUUAACCGAUACCUCAAUCCCGCGAUAUGUGUCCUCGCACUAGCCUGCGUGUCUCUCCCGGAUCCGAGCAUCAGAGUCUGCAGGCAGGGAAUCCAGUUGCUCUUUGUGGUCAGCACUCUAGCACUCGGGAUCGUCCAAGCCAUGCUCGCUAUCCGGGUCUGGUACUUGUUCGCCAGCAGCCGCGCGAUGCGACUGUUCAUAGUCGCUGCUUCCGUGGUCACCAACGUGCUGUCGCUGUAUCUUGCUGUGCGAGAGGGGGUGGAUAUGAAGGUGCAGCCUCACAUACCCGGUGUCCUGGGAUGCCAUGCCACCCGGCCGCCGAUGUUCUGGAGACUCUUUUUGCCGUCUCUUGUCCUUCAUACUGUCCUGUAUAUCUUGACUGCAUAUCGAGCACUGCGCAACAGGGCGGUGUUCAAGGAGGCACCGAUUCUCAAGCGCCUGCUUAGGGACGGAGGAUUCUUCUAUUUUGCCGUCUUCUUAUCCGUUCUGUUCACUUCCAUCGGCUCGUUCUUGAAUCAAUACCCAUCGAUCAACGUGCCUGCCAUCUUCUCAAACUUCUCGGUAACGACGACCUCGAUCGCCGCCUCGCGCAUCAUGCUCAGCAUCCACUCCCUCGCGCACAAACUCGGCUCCGACUCCGCGUGGCUGCUCAACAACGUCGAGCUCAGCCGCGUGCCGUGGCGCCGCGGCGCGACCGAGGGCGAGAUCAUCGUCGAGCGCUUCUCCACCGAGUGCCCGGACGCGGAGGUGGAUGGCGAUGUGGAUGUGGAUGUCGAGUCGGGCGGCGCGGGUGGGAGGGGGGUGCCGCUUAAGACGAGCCGCGUGGGGCGCUGGACGGACGAGACGUGGUAGGAUCCUGGAUGGAUUGGUCUGGGUUGGAUUUAUGUAUAUGUACAGUACAGUUCACGCGUUCUUGAAUAAAUACCUUGUAUAGUCAGGCUGUU